AUGGGUGACCACGUCCUCUUCUUCUACGGAACCCUAAUGGCCCCUCCCAUCCUCCACCGCGUAAUCCACGGCCACUCCACUCCAGAACCAUGGCAAAAAGCUCUUCUGACAAUCAAGCCGGCAAUCCUGCAUGGCUAUCGACGCCAUCGCGUCCGGUAUGCGGAUUAUCCGGGUAUCAUACCUACCACAUCUUCAUCUUCAUCUGGUGAUACUACUGCUGCUGGAGAGGCAUCUGUGCUAGGCACAGUAGUGUGGGGAUUAACAGACGGCGACGUAUAUCGAUUGGAUCGGUUCGAGGGGAGUGAGUAUGAGAAGAGGGCGGUUAGGGUGAGGGUUCUAAAUCAUCAGCAGCAGGGUGAGGGUGAGGGUGGUAAUGGGGAGAUACAAGAGGUGUUAGAUGCAGCGGAGACAGAGGGCAGCAGCCAGACCAAGGAAGGGGAGGAAGUAGAGGCCGUUACGUAUGUGUGGACUGCUGGAAAGGAGCGGUUAGAGGAUGCGGAGUGGGAUUUUGAGGCGUUCAAGAGAGAUAAAAUGGCGUGGUGGGUGCAGGCGGAUGAGAAGGAUUGGUAG